AAUCCCCUCCUGAUAUGACGUAGAAGGUAAGCGCCACAAAGAUUGACAACCACAAGAACGGCGCAAGAUCAGUACAGUCCGGCCCGGAUACAUGCUUUAAAAAGUGUAUGUAUUAAAACAAAAUAACAUCCUAGUAUGGUCGAUCAUUUGCAAAAGCUGCAUCUACGCCACGAAUCGUUGCUGGAAGACAAAUCUCCUGUUUCCGCUAUCCACGGUCCACUCAGAGCUGACUGAUCUGCAGGUCAACAGGAUAAAGUCAUGGUCUACACUUUGAUAUUUAAAGCUGCACGUCAGCAUUUGCAAAGGACAACAACCCAGUGGCUCGUGCAGCCAUGGAAGAGCACGCGCACACACCUGGACCUUCUCCAGCAGAGCAGGUUGGCGGGAGCAGGCUGCACCUGGCUGCAGGCACAGAGGCGCGAUCUGUCCCUCGACUCCAGCCAUAGAAAUCAAAGCAGCCCACAGAGAGAAAGUGGCAAGGUAUCCGUCUCUAGACAUCAAGGUGGAGUCAAACCUUCCACUGCGCAGAAAGUCAAGGACGCUGGCAGAGACUUCACGUACCUGAUCGUUGUGGUCAUUGGGCUUGGAGUGACAGGGGGACUAUUGUAUGUCGUGUUCCAGGAGCUGUUCUCUACAAGCAGUCCCAAUAAAGUGUAUGGAAAAGCUUUUGACAAACUCAAGUCAAACCCAGAGGUGAUUGGUGCAUUCGGGGAGCCAAUUAAAUGCUACGGGGAGACGACUCGGCGGCAAAGGAGACAGCAUGUCAGUCACUCUGAGUACCUGAAGGACGGGCUGAAGCACAUGAGACUCAAGUUUUACAUCGAGGGAUCAGAGCCAGGCGUCAAAGGAACCGUUCAUUCAGAAUCCAAAGAGAAUAUUGAAACGGGUAAGUACGAGUUCCGGUACAUCUUUGUGGACGUGGACGCCUACCCAAGACGCACCAUCGUCGUGGAGGACAACCGAUGACGUGGAAACCACCGUUGGAAUAUAACGCGUGCUAUCAGAACGUUCUCCACUAAAGACACGCAGGGUUCUGUGUGCAUAUUCAGAUUGAAAGAAUCUCUAAUGGAGAACUGUGUUGAUUUUGUAAAUGCUAUGAGUCUCAUUGAUGUUCAGCCUCAUGUCCAUUACGUUUUAUAAAGUAUUCGUACAAAUGAAUUGGGAAAUGUUAGCACCUUUUGUAAACUAAAUCUUUAUAUUGGUCUAAAUAAAUUGUAUGUGAAUGUG